CUUAUAAAAUCACCUCCAUCCCCGCCGAAUUUCAUACUUAUACCUCCAUCUCCAGUUGUAUGUUAUUCAUCAUAUAAACCAGAAACCUGGUGUUGAUUUCAGUAGCUAGCAGCUAGCAUGGGCUCUACCCUUUUAGCCUACUUUUUAAUCCCAGCUGUUUUUCUUGUUCAAGUAACCUGUUUUCAGUUCAAUUUUUCAACUUUCCAGAAAGAAGAUGAAAGCCAGCUUACCUUGAGUAGGAACUCUUACAUAGUUCUUGGAGCUAUCCAAGUUACUCCCGAUGUUAAUGGAGGUUCCAUGCAAAAUUUGUCUGGACGAGCUCUGUAUAAGAAACCAUUUAGGCUUUGGAAAGGCAACCACACCACCAUUGCUUCUUUCAAUACAAGUUUCGUCCUCAAUAUCCGCAACCAAACCUCUCCUGGUGGCGAAGGCGUUGCCUUUUUAAUAACCGGCAACUCCAGCCUACCGGACAACAGCCAAGGACAGUGGUUGGGGAUGGUAAAUGCCAAUACAAAUGGUUCUUCUCAGGCCAGUGUGGUGGCGGUGGAAUUUGACACCAGGAAGAGCGACGACCAAGAUAUGGAUGGCAACCAUAUUGGGUUAAACAUAAACAGCAUCCACUCAACCAAGCAAGUUUCUUUAAGCAACUACGGUGUUAACAUUUCGGGACGUGAGGAUUUAAGGGUGCAUCUUCGUUAUGACGGCCAAAAGUUGUCAGUUUUCAUUGGGGACAACCAGACACUUGUGCUUUCUCAGUCUCUUGAUCUCUCUACUCAUCUUCCGGAGAAGGUUUUCAUGGGAUUCUCUGGUUCAACAAGCAAUGAAACUGAGCUCAACUGUGUGAAAUCCUGGGCGUUUUCUGGUACCGAUAUAGGUGGAGAUCGCAAUCUACGGUGGGUUUGGAUCAUGGUUCCAGUGGCAAGUGUGGGUAUAUUAGUUGGGGUUGCCAUGUACUUGUGGUUGAGGAGGGUAUACAAAGAGGAAGAUAUGGAGGGUCAGGGUGCUCGACUUCAAGGGAACAUAGAAGAUGAGAUUAAACGUUCCAAUUUGGGUCCAAGGAGGUUUGGGUUAAAGGAAUUGAAGCAAGCGACUGGGAAUUUUAACCCGAAGAACAAGCUUGGGAAAGGUGGAUUUGGAACUGUUUACAAGGGAACCUGGAGAAACAACGACGUGGCUGUCAAAAGAGUGUCCAAGAAAUCACACCAAGGCAAGCAAGAAUUCAUUGCGGAAGUCACUACAAUCGGCCACCUCAAUCACAAGAAUCUCGUCAAGUUAAUAGGAUGGUGCUACGAAAAGCGGGAAUUUCUCCUUGUGUACGAAUACAUGCCCCAUGGAAGCCUCGAUAAGUUCAUCUUCUGCGAUGAUAAACCAACCCUGCAGGAGGAAUCCACACUCAACUGGGAGCAAAGGCUAUUGAUAAUCCAAGGGGUGGCUCAAGCACUAGACUACCUUCACAACGGUUGUCAAAAAAGGGUGCUCCACCGUGACAUCAAAUCUAGCAACAUCAUGCUGGAUUCCGAGUUCAACGCCAAGCUCGGAGAUUUCGGACUGGCCAGAACCAUCCAAGAGAAAGAAAAAACGCACCAUUCGACCAUCGAGAUCGCUGGCACGCCAGGUUAUAUGGCCCCAGAAACCUUUCUUAUAAGCCGAGCCACGGUGGAAACCGAUGUUUAUUCCUUUGGGGUUCUUGUGAUGGAAGUUGUUUGUGGGAGAAGGCCCGGGAAUCAAAGUGAGCUAAACAACUACAACAAUAGUAUUGUGAAUCGGGUAUGGGAUUACUAUAGGAAAGGAAGCAUCAGUGGCGCUGCUGAUUCCAGGAUGGAUGGGGACUUUGAUGAAAAAGAAGUGGAGUGUGUGCUUGUUAUAGGCUUGGGUUGCUGCCAUCCCAACCCACACUAUAGGCCUUCAAUGAGGACUGUGUUGCAGGUACUUUCAGGUGAAGCGGAUCCACCCCAGGUACCCCAAGAGCGACCUUCAUUUGUGUGGCCAGCCAUGCCCCCAUCCUUCAACCACAUGGAUGAUUCACUUACAGGAAGUCAACUCACUCCAUUUACGGAUCUUAGUGGUAGAUGAAAUCAUAUCAGUCAAGCCCAAUCUCCAUCAAUGAUCCAUUUACGGAUUUAGUUCUCUUUUGUUUGUUGGAAUUUUAAAUGUGUUGAAUAUCAACUUAAAAGUGAAAGUGAAUUAAAAGUAAAUUGGAGUGCUUGUAAAUAGUUUCAGGUAAAAUUAAAAUUAUAAAAAUAUAAAUUAUUAUGGUUAAAAUUACAA